CAUAGACUUUUGUUCCAGUAGAUCUACUCUGCGUUUGUAAUGAAGUACUGAGUAGACUUCCCUCACUUUCGCUCCCAAUCUCAUGUCCUUGCAUGUCAACUGUGGAGUAUCAAGCGCGGGUUAUGGACUCUUGCUAGUAUCUAUCGAUCACGAGAAACAAAAAGCAGGAUACUUUGCACUGAAUUUUUUUGUAGAUAAAAUUAUAAUUUUAAAAUUGCAGUGAUCAAAUCAAUCCCAAACUGGAUACAGUAGUACCGCGUAUAGUAGUAACAGUCACAUUGACCUGCUCUUGCCCGCGGCAGUAUUGCUAUGUCACUCUCACUGGUGGCUUAUGAUAGUAGUGAAGGCAGCGAGGAUGAGGGGAACAUUUCCACACGGACCAAACCUGAAGAGGAUUCUGCACCCCAGGCUAUCGAAGCCACCAAUGGCAGCAAAUUGCUGACGUCGUUGCCUGCUCCAAAGAGCCAGCCUAGCUUCUCAGCAAUUUCUUCUCUUCUUUUCAAGAAGGAUAAGAAUGGAAAGGCCAUGAUAGCUAUGCCAGUCGCUCCUGAUUCGGAUUCAGAUGAUGAUGGACCUCCAUCGAAGAAGAAGAAGAAGGAUGAUGGCAAAGCACCGGUGCAAGUGGGCAAGUCGGCACUGAUGUCGAUGCUUCCGCAGCCGAAGAACUUGUUCCAGAAAGCCAAAAUAUCAACGGGUGAGGCUUCCAGUGUGGGAACCAUCACAUCACAAGAGGGAGAUGCCAUGCGGGCAAAGAAUAAGAACAUGCCGACUAAGAAGUCGACUGCCUCUCUCACUCCAUACGUCUUGGGCAAGAAGAAAGAAGCAGUGCCGAUAGACACAUCGCGUAAGUCCGCCAUUGCAAAGAAACCAGCAGCCACAGCCAAGGGGGAGGAGGACGAGGAUGGCGAGGAGGAGAGCACCCCGUUCUUCUCCUUCCACUCGGCAAAGGACGAUGAGGCUCUCCUUGCUCAAGACAAAGCGACCAGUGAAGCCGGGUCCAUACCAACAGCGUAUGCCACAACGGUGGAGCAGCGGACUGCGCAUCAGGUGUGUGCCGGCGCCAGUGAGGCAGCGUCGUCCACUUCGUCAUGGCCCAGCGCUGCUUGUAGUGAGCAGUAUGUCGGCCCUGCCACCGGUCCGAUGCCGGCAGAGUAUUCGUACGGUGCUACUGCUCAGGAGCCCGAUUACCCUGCAACCGGGCCCAGUUUGGAGCCGUCGGCACACAGCUAUCCUGCAUAUGAUAGUACUUCAGCAGACCCUCCUCCAGCAUACCAAGUUGCACCUGCCGAAAGCCAGCAAGUGGCUCCGGACUCUCUUGGAGACUUGUUGAACGAUGAGCAGUUCAAGCGAUUGAGUCGUGGUGGUAAACGGAAUAAACAAGAUCUGGCAGCCAUUGCAAGCAGUAUGGUAGACUUUGAUGAGAACGAACGAGCAAGUUCGUACAAUGCGCUGCCAUCCAAGUACAUGAGUGAAGAGAAGGCAGUCCGGGCGCCUCAGAGUGCACAACCAUCGCGGGCGCAGAAGAACAAGCACCAGAUCACCUACCUCGCUUUCCAGGCAAAAGAGCGCGAGUUGGAACUACAGAACCAGUGGUCGCAGAACCGCCAGACCAAGAAGCAGACACAGUCGAAGUAUGGCUUUUGAUCCCCGUACAUCUUGCGGCUGUUGUAGCCGGCAUAUGACUGCCGUAUGUUUCUCACAGGUACCCGCCAUAUUUGAGGAAUACUUGUAAUCUGUUAGUCCAUGUCCUCAUGAAAACUAGACACUACUGCCCUCUGUACAGUGCUGCUACUUCAAAUCACUCGUGUGCUCAACACAAAAUUCUUCUCUAUAUUCCAAUAUCAUGUAACACAUCACACUGUUGACCUCCUAUAAAAACGCUCUCCCGGAUCUUGUGUUCAUGCGCAAACUAUUUUUGUGUUCUGCUGAGGAAUGCCAGUCACUGACUGGUAUACCUGGUGAGGGAAUUUUUUGCCGAAACGUUGUAAAACUUGAUUGGUAAAAGUCGUACUAAAAGAAA